AUAGUUACUCAUUUUAUGAGGGUAUUAUUGCAAGUGAAAAUUCUAGCCCGGAAGAAUCCAAUGAUGAUGAUAUUCAUGAAUAUGAAACAUCAGCAGAUAUAACUUCACGCUCUACUUACUUUAAUAAAAAUGUUAAAUAUCCAAAUUGGAUUAAAUCUGCAG